AUGGAUUUCCUCAAGUCAGCCGUCGCAUCUGCGAUCGCAAAAGGCAGCUCAUUCCCUUAUUCGCUCGGCGACAGAGUCGACCUCUCGGACUCAAUCUGGUCCCUUCAUAAUGCUACCAAACGGGAAGACGGCUCCCCGUGCAGCGUAUUCACCUUCGAUAUUUCUUCAAAUGUUUCUCGCACCCCGUUGGCCAGAAAUGCCGUACGUAAAUCGCGGACCUUGAGACAUCCCGGGGUAAUAAAAGUGCUGGACACUAUCGAGACAGAUACCAACAUCCAUAUCGUGACCGAGCGGGUUGUUCCUUUGUCCUGGCAUGUCAAGCGCCGAAGUCUGAGCAGGGAAACAUCAAUAUGGGGGCUGUAUACGGUGGCUUCUACCCUCAAAUUCAUCAAUGAAGAUGCCUCUUCCGUUCACGGGAUUGUCAGGGCAUCCUCAAUAUUCGCUAGUGAGAGUGGUGAAUGGAAGCUUGGGGGGUUUGAUAUCUUGAGUUCCAUGAACGACGAGAAUGCAGUGAUAUAUACAUACGGUAGCCUUGUACCAGACGCGGCUCAGUACACUCCGCCCGAAGUUGUCAAGGGCGGCUGGGAUAUAAUCAAGAGACAUCCCUUGGCAGCAGUUGAUGCUUAUGGGCUUGGAAUCCUGAUAUACGAGGUGUUCAAUGGCAGUUUUGCGGGAGGUGACCAAGUCGGCAAAACGACGAAUAUUCCACCCAGCAUGCAUCAAAGCUACAAGCGUCUCUGCACAGCCAAUCCUAAACUGCGGUUGAGCGCGGCGCAUUUUGUUGAGCAAGGGAAGAAGUCCGGUGGCUUCUUUCAGACACCGUUGAUCCGGUUGACGGACGACAUAGAGAGCCUGGGCCUUAAGAAUGAUGCUGAGAGGGAGGAGUUUAUCAGCGAGCUUGAUGAGCUUUCAGACGAUUUCCCCGAGGAAUUCUUCAAGAUGAAGGUUCUGCCGGAGUUGCUCAAGUCAGUCGAAUUUGGGGGUGGUGGCCCGAAGGUCUUGAGUGCUAUUUUGAGGAUCGGGACGAAACUGUCACCAGAUGAAUACAACUCCAAGUUAACGCCUGUCAUUGUCCGCUUGUUCGGCAACCCUGAUAGAGCUCUUCGGGUCUGUCUACUCGACAAUCUACCAUUCAUGAUUGACAACCUACCGCAGAAAAUUGUAAACGACAAAAUCUUUCCGCAGAUGACGUCAGGAUUCACAGACGUGGCGCCUGUUGUUCGAGAACAGACUGUUAAAGCUGUGUUAUCGGUCGUCAAUAAACUCAGUGAUCGAACUAUUAAUGGAGACCUGCUGAAGUUCCUCGCACGAACCGCAAACGAUGAACAGCCAGGUAUUCGGACCAACACGACCAUCUGUUUGGGUAAAAUCGCGAAGCAUCUUGGACAAGGUUCACGGUCAAAGGUUCUCAUUGCCGCCUUCACCCGAUCGCUGCGAGAUCCCUUCGUCCAUGCCCGCAAUGCAGGUUUGCUUGCGCUGGCUGCAACAAUCGAGUUUUUCAACGAGGAGGAUUGCGCAGGAAAGAUUCUUCCCGCUAUUUGUCCCUCUUUGCUAGAUAAAGAGAAGCUGGUGAGAGACCAAGCGAACAAAACUCUAGACUUGUAUCUACAGCGCAUUCGCAACUUCAGCAGCUCAAUGGCCGAUACGGCAAUUACAGCCACUGCUAGCGCUGAAACACCCAAGGAUGCUGCACGAAUUGGAACAUCAAAUGAUAAGUCCUGGGCCGGGUGGGCAAUCUCCUCGUUUACCAACAAACUUACGACAGCGAACGGUGAGAUACAGCCAACUACGGGUACUAGUAAACUGGCCGAGACGGAGGCAACUCGCUCAGCAUCUGUACCUCGCCCCACGCGAUCAUCACCCUCCACGCAGCUGGACCUACCUAAGAAAGUAUUACGUGCCGAACCUCAACCUCUAGGACGAUCUCUAUCCGAUCAGCCGGUUUCAAGCUCCAUAACAGCGAACGGAACGGACGAUGUCUAUGAAGCUUGGGGUGCUAUUGAUGACGGUGAGGAGGAGAAUGGAUUGAAAGACGACGACCCGUUUAGUGCCCCAAUUGUCAGCAGCUCCCCAGCGCCAAAGUCCGCCACUGUUCCUUUCGACGAUGGAGGUGAGCCUGAUUUUGCGGGGUGGUUGGCCGCACAAUCCAAGGCCAAAGCGAAGAAACCCUUGCCCAAGGGUUUGAGCAAACCCGCCGCAACCACAAUCGGUACUCGAACCUCGGGUCAUACCAACCUUUCCAAACCCAGGACGGUGGUAGCCCCCACCAAAAGAAUUGAUACGAAGCCUAAGGAUGAGGGCGAAGAUGAUGGUUGGGGUGACGCCUGGGAUUAA